CCCGGAAGGGACGGGACUUGUGUGUGGGCGUGGCCAAAAGGAGGGGCGGGACCUGCGCUGCAGAGCGGGGGUGGUGGCGGAAGAUGGCUGCGGUUGUGGCAACGGACACGCAGCUGAUGCUCGGAGUCGGGCUGAUCGAAAAGGACACUAAUGGAGAAGUCCUGUGGGUGUGGUGCUACCCUUCCACGACAGCCUCACUCCGGAAGCUGCUGCUCCGCAAGUGCUGCCUGACGGACAGAAGCACAGCUCUCCACCCCUUUGUCUUUGGUCAGUACAGAAGAACAUGGUUUUAUAUCACUACAGUUGAAGUUCCAGAUUCUUCAGUUUUGAAAAAGGUGACUCAUUUUUCUAUUGUUCUGACCGCCAAAGAUUUUAACCCAGAGAAAUAUGCCGCCUUCACUAGGAUAUUGUGUAGAAUAUAUCUGAAAUAUGGAAGCCCAGUUAAAAUGAUGGAGAGUUACAUUGCAGUUCUCACCAAGGGGAUCUGCCAGAGUGAAGAAAAUGGCUCUUUCCUUAGCAGAGACUUUGAUGGUCGAAAGGCAUACCUUGCAGGCUCCAUCAAAGAUAUUGUAUCUCAAUUUGGAAUGGAAACUGUUAUCUUACACACAGCAUUGAUGCUGAAAAAACGAAUUGUUGUCUAUCACCCCAAAAUAGAAGCUGUCCAGGAGUUUACAAGGACCCUGCCUGCCCUGGUGUGGCACCGACAGGACUGGACUAUCCUGCAUUCCUACGUGCACUUCCACCCUGAGGAGCUGGAAGGCCUACAGAUGUGCACAGGCUACAUUGCUGGCUUCGUGGAGGUGGAGGUGAGCAGCAGACCAGACCUCUACGAUGUGUUUGUGAAUCUGGCAGAUAGUGAGAUCACUGUUGCUCCACUUGCAAAAGAGGCCAUGACAAUGGGCAAACUGCAUAAAGAAAUUGGUCAGCUAAUUGUGCAGUCUGCCGAAGACCCGGAGAAGUCAGACGGCCAGGUGAUACAGGACAUUGCCCUAAAAACAAGAGAAGUCUUCACCAACCUGGCACCAUUUUCAGAAGUGUCAGAUGAUGGGGGAAAGAUCGUCCUCAAUGUCGAGGCGCUGAAGCAAAAGCGAUUUCCGCCCUCGACAGAGAACUUCCUUUAUCAUCUAGCAGCCGCCGAACAGAUGCUGAAGGUCUGACUGUCCGGUGUCGUCUGCAGCCCCUAUAGGACUCCCUUUUGUUUUUAGUACCCAUUGACCUUUACAGCAUUGGGAUUAUAGAGGAAGGGUCUAUUUUUAAUGAUGUAUUUCCAAGUAUUAAAAUAUGACCGGAGAAACACAUAAAAACAAUUGUGGUCUUUCUCCCUGCCAAUUUGAUCCAGUGUUGGACAGUUUUAACUGCUGUACUAAGUGUAGCUACACAGAUCGGCACAUGUAAACCGUCACUGUUCAUCCCUAUUUGUCUCAUUGUGACCAUAAACCUAGUGGUUUAUUUUCAGAAAGCUGCCUCAAAGUUUGCUUUUUAUUCUUCUAGGGAAAAACUUGAAUUCCUCAUGAGCAAUUUUACUUUCUGAGUCUAACUGCUAUGUUUUCUGCAGAUUUGUCUAAAAGGUCACCCAAGAGAUACUGCAGUUGCACUUUCUUGUAAAAGAAAAUGUUUUGGGACCUUUGAAUUUUUUGCCUGUAUUAUGAGGGUUUUUCGUAGAUUUUUAUACUUGAGUAGAUGACUCCAGCAACCGUUACACUGCCCUAGAUAGAGGC